AUGGAACAAAUUAUAAAAAACCUUCUAGUGGCGGACAAUGAAUUGAUACAGCAAGCAUCUGCGGAUCUGAAAGAAGCUUUCAAGAAACCGGAAACGAUUCCUCAGCUUUGUGAAAUAUGUGUCACCAACAGCGACGCUCAGGUCAGGCAGUACGCUGCGAUGCUGUUGAAAAAGCAACUGGGUAAACUGCGUGCGUGGCGAGAAGUACCAGCCGAAACUCAAGCCCUUAUCAAAAAGGGCAUGCUGGAGGCUAUUGUGAACGAAUCGGAAAAGUCCGUGAGAAAUGCAAUUACCGGUUUCGUUGGUGUACUGGUGAAACAUGAAGCCGAAAAAGAGGACGGCUGGAUGGGUGAAGUGCUAAAAUUUAUGUUCGAAAGCACUAGCUCGGGCGAUCCUAAGCUGAGCGAACUUGGAUCGUCCGUAUUUGCCACGCUGACCGAUGUGGCACCUGAUCAAUUCAUGCCACAUAUUGAGAUGGUCUGUCAACUUUUCUCCACGGCACUGAUGACUACUGAAGCUGGUGGCAACAUGGCCACACCGGUAAUCUACAACAUUUUACUCGGCAUGGCCCAUCUGGUCCCGUUUAUUCCAGGUCGACAAGAGAUCGAACAGACCUACCAAGACUCGAUACCGUAUGUGCUGAAGGCACUCGGGGCAUUUGCCGAGCAGGACUCGUUCAAAUUCAUCGAAGCGUUCGACAUAUUAGAAAACCUGGCCGACGAAUCCUCGCGCACACUUUCACCACACAUGAAGCUGCUAAUUGAAUUCUGCCUGCAAAUGGCCGGCAACACACAGCUGGACGAUUCGGUACGCGUGAAAACUAUCACCUUCAUCGGAUGGCUGGUACGGUUGAAGAAGAAAAUGAUUAUCAAACAAAAGCUCGUAGAACCGAUCGUUAAUGCCCUGUUCGCACUGAUGAGUGUUGCACCGGAGGUAGAGGAUGAGGAUGAGGAAUACUUCGGUAGCAACGAGGUCUCGACACCUAGCACCUGUGCUACCCAAUCUCUCGACGUGCUCGCAUUGCAUAUUCCACCGAAACAGCUGUUUCCGCCACUGAUGGCUUUGCUCGAACCGGCUCUUGCCGGUAGUAAUCCGCUGCCGAAGAAAGCCGCAUACCUUUCCAUCGCAGUCAUUGCCGAAGGUUGCUCCGAGCACAUUUGCAGCAAAUAUUUGCGAGUGUUGGUAGACGUAAUUAAACGUGGCAUCACCGAUGAGAACGUUAUGAUUCGCAAUGCUGCGCUGUUUGCGCUCGGUCAGUUCUCUGAACAUUUGCAGCCAGAAAUAUCGCAACAUGCGGAUGAAAUUUUACCAAUUUUGUUCGAGUUUCUGCAACAGCUGUGCCUGCAGAUACGUUCCGGUGGUAAGGAACCGCCCCAUAUCGACCGUGUGUUCUAUGCCCUAGAAACGACGUGUGAAAAUUUGGAAGAUCAGGUAACACCUUAUUUGCCUAUGUUAAUGGAGCGCCUGUUUGAAUCGUUGGAUUCCCGCAACAGUGUCCAUCUCCGCGAACUAUCGCUGACAACAAUCGCUGCCACGGCAAGCGCGGCAAAGGAACAAAUGCUUCCGUACUUUCCACGCCUGAUCGAUAGUCUGAAGCUGUAUUUGGUGAAAACGGACGAGGAAGACAUAUGUACGUUGCGCCCCCAGGCGAUAGACACUUUUGCGGCAUUGGUUCGAACAAUUGGGCGGGAUAAUUUUCUUCCCCUGGCUGUGGAUACACUCAACAUGGGUUUAACGAUGAUGGACGAAUCCAACGAUCCCGAUCUUCGCCGCAGUUGUUACAAUUUGUUCGCCUCGAUGGCAUCAUCGGUGAAGGAGGAUAUGUCGGGUUCGUUGAACAAGAUUGUCGAGACGAUGUUGGAGAGCGUGCGUAGUUCGGAAGGAAUAGUACCGACCUUCAAGGAUGGUGCUGGGGAUGAUAUGCCCAUUCUGCCGAAUGGUGGCGUAGGUGCAAACGGUUCCGGCGAUGGUGACGAUGAAGACGAAGAAUUCGACAUAGAGAAUUCUGUCGGCGACGAGGAAGAAGAUGAGGAAGAUAUCGCAGGCUAUAGUAUCGAGAAUGCAUACAUGGAUGAAAAGGAGGAAGCCAUCUUAGCGCUGAUGGAGUUCGCCGAACAUACGGGGCCCGCUUUUGCUCCAUUCAUUCAGACCGCUUUUGAAGAGAUUUACAAGCUGUUGAAUCAUCCAAACGAGGAUAUACGGAAGGCGUCGAUCGAUGCGGUCAAACAGUUUGUGGUUGCGCUGCAUCAACUGGGCAACCUGGAAGGUGUUAAUCAAACGAUCUUAAUUUUGAUACCGAAGCUUAGUGAAAUCAUUCGUACGGAUGAGGAACGCACGGUAGUCAUGUCAGCAUUGGAUGGGUUUAGUGACAUUCUGCAGGAGGUCGGUGCAGCCACAUUCCAAGCAGAUGGGCAGAAGGAUGCCGUGUUUAACUGCAUUGUGGACGUGCUGAAUGGAAAGGUAGCCUGCCAGUUCGAUGAACCGGUCGACGAAGAGCAGGAAGAGAGCGAAUAUGAUGAGGCCAUCCUCGAGUCGGCUGGAGACAUUUUGCCAAAAUUUGGUCGCGCCCUGCCGGCGGAAGAGUUUGCCGUUUACUUUGGACGCGUGUGGCCAUAUUUUAUACAGAAAAUUGAAAAAUCGAAACAAAAGGAUGAAUCGAGCGACUCCCAGCGUGCCUUUGCGAUCGGUGUGCUGGCGGAAUGUUUCGAAGGUCUGAAAGAGUAUACACGAAACUGGAUCGAUUCACUGUUGCCAAUAUUUCUGUCUGGCGUGCAGGAUCGUAACAAUGAGGUACGGAGCAACACGGUUUACGGACUGGGAGAGAUGGUAAAACACGGAAAAGAAUGCACUUUCGGUCACUAUCCACAAAUAAUGGCAGCUCUCUCACAGCUCGUUUCAAAGGAAGAACAUAACGGCACGUUGGACAAUCUAUGCGGCGCUCUAGCCCGACUCAUUAUCACCAAUUGCAGUCUGGUUCCGCUGAAAAAUGUACUCCCCGUGUUUGUGGAUUAUCUUCCUUUGCGUGAAGAUUUCACCGAAAAUUUGGCCGUUUUCCAGUGCCUCGAUUUGCUAUAUCGACAGGGUGAUGAAAAUCUUGUGCCGGUUUUGUGUCGUGUUCUGGUCGUUGGUUUGCAGGUGCUUUAUAAGAAGGAGCAUGACACGGAAGAAUGUCGCGAGCUGGUUCAUAAUUUGGUCAAGCAGAUUAGCAAAGACUUCCCGGACAAGUUUAGCGAGGUGAUCCGCAGCAGUGCCGAGGUUGCAGAAUUUGUGCAAACGCUUUCGCUGCAGUAGAAGUUAGCGAAACCGCAUUUCAUGCGCAAACUAUUCGUAACUUACAUCAAUCCAUAUCUACUGCAUAAUACAUGCAUGAAACGAGAUAGUA